GUAGCGAAGUGAAACGUUGCGUGUGACGCUUCAUAAUACCUAAUGAAUCUCCUCUGACGUGUUACCUUUACUCUUUGUUAUCACCGUACUCGUAACUUAUCAAUCACUCUUAUACCUAUACCUAAUUCCUAUUGAAAAUCUGUUUUCAGGUUAAUUAGAUAAUUAUGCUCGGUACGCGACGCUAGUGUGUUUUUUGUACGUAGAUAGAAGAAAAUGAUUAUGCUCGGAAUACGCUUCUGGGGAAUAUUUUUGAAUAUUUAUCUUGUUCGUAGUUUAAUCGUCGUACCCUUACUGGAAAAUACUCGAUGGACUUUGCGGAACUCUAAUAAAACCAUUUUCAAAAAUGUAUCGAAUCCUAGUGGUAUCUAUACCGAUUUGCGGAAUACCAACGUUUUGAAAGAAGAUCUAUUUUAUCGAUUUAACGAUGUUGCUUACCGGUGGGUUGCAAAUGACACGUGGACCUAUUCGUUGGAUUUUACGAUCGAUGACCUCUUGACGCAAACUUCGAGUCAAGAAUUACUGUUCCACGGCUUAGACGGUAUUUCGGAUAUAUAUUUAAACAAAAGAACACUCGGCCAAGCUACGAAUUCCUUCAUCCGGUAUCGUUUCGACGUCACGAAUAUUCUUCAGGCGGGAAAUAAUCGAAUAGAAAUCGAAUUCCAGUCGCCGAUUAAAAGUGGAAUAACUCAUUCGCAGAAUUCCAUUCAUUCGGUCCCACCAUCGUGCGUGCCUUCGAAUUAUCACGGAGAAUGUCACGUGAACUUUUUACGUCGAAUGCAAGCUUCUUUCGCUUGGGAUUGGGGGCCUGCUUUUCCUUCCGUUGGGUUCUGGAAAGGGGUGGAGUUGAUUGGACGUCAGCAAGAAGUGAUUAUUCGCGACGUAGUCGUCAGAACUAUUCCAUCUGAAGCCAGCCACUCGUGGAAAAUAAUAGCCGAUGUUUAUAGCGAGAUUCCGCUCACAAAUAGCGAGCAAUUCGAAGGCAAUUUGUACAUGACGUUUUAUUUACCGAAUGCCCAAAAGUUGACCUCUUCUGAGAAGAUAGUAGUCGAAGCUGGAUCUAGAAAGAAAGAGAUUGUAACUCGUUUGAGAGUAUCUGUUCCUAAGGAUGAUGUACAACUCUGGUGGCCGAACGGUUACGGUGAUCAACGUUUGUAUAAACUUUCAUUCGCGUUUAUCUCGUCCAAAGGAGUGAAUACAACGAAAUCGAUCAGAAUUGGAUUCAGAACGAUUAAACUGGUUCAAGAUUUUAUCGAUAAGAAUUCUCACGCUAAAGGUCGUUCGUUUUAUUUCGUCGUCAACGAUAUUCCGAUCUUCGCCAAAGGAUCAAAUUACAUUCCGGCCAACGCGCUACCAGAAAAAUCUGCCAAUAAAGAUGUCAUCAGAGAGUUACUCUUGAGCGCUAAAAUCACCCAUAUGAAUAUGCUAAGAGUAUGGGGAGGUGGCAUUUACGAAUCGGAUUACUUUUAUCAAGUUUGCGACGAAUACGGUAUAAUGAUUUGGCAAGAUAUGAUGUUCGCCUGCGGUAUGUACCCGGUCGAUGGAGAUUUCCUGCAUUCGGUGACCGACGAGAUUACCCAGCAAGUGAGACGUCUCCAAUAUCACGCUAGUAUCGUCGUCUGGGCCGGAAACAACGAAAAUGAAGCCGCCUUGAGUGGAAAUUGGUACGGUACGUCGACCAAUUACUCGCUCUAUGCUAAAGAAUACAUCGAAUUGUACGUAAAUACCGUUCAAGAAGCUGUCCUAAAGAUGGAUAAUACUCGCGAUUAUCUCGUAUCAAGUCCAACUAACGGUGUGGAAUCUCUGAUCGAAGGAUAUAUCUCCAGUAACCCGUAUAAUCCUUUAUACGGCGAUGUGCAUUAUUAUAACUAUUUCCGUAACAGCUGGCACGUUGAUCAUUUUCCUUUUACACGGUUUUCGUCCGAAUACGGAUACCAGUCUUUGCCAUCGUUGAGUACCUGGCGUCAAGUAGCUACCGAUGGUGAUCUGGCUUCGCUUACCGGUGAAUUCAUGGAGCAUCGGCAACAUUUACUGAUGGGGAAUACCUAUCUGAUGUACGGGCUGUUGCAUCAUUUUCCGGCUCCUUUGUUGAGUGAUUUGGAGAAUAUUGUGUAUUUGACUCAGAUUAAUCAAGCUUGGUCAGUAAAAUCGCAAACAGAAUGGUAUCGUAAAUGGCGCAGUACGAUUUUAGACGAUGGUUCCGGUCAAACGAUGGGAGCUUUAUUUUGGCAGCUGAACGACAUUUGGCAAGCACCAUCUUGGUCCUCUAUCGAAUACGGCGGCAAAUGGAAAAUGUUGAUGUAUUUCGCUGCGAAAUUCUUCGCUCCGGUUCUAGUAGCUGCAGAUCAUCAUUCAAACGGUUCUAUCACGAUAAACGUGAUGUCCGAUUUACUCGAAGAUAUACCUAAUGUGAUUUUGAAGACCCAAAUCUUCAAAUGGAAUUCUUUGACUCCUGUUGACACGUUUAGUGACGUGAUAACCAUCAAUAAAGAAUCGGCUCAAAUUUACAAAAGAACCACUGUUGGCGAACUUAUCGAUUCAAAUGCUAAAUGUCGAAGCGAUGUUCCGGGUCAGUUGUGUUUUCUGAAAGUGUCCUUGGCGCAUAAAUCGAAUAAUUCGAUGAUUAGUGAAAAUUAUUUAUUCCCUGUAUCGUUCAAAACGGCUGUUGGCAUUCCUGAUGUGACUAUUUCGGCAUCUUUAACUGCCAUCGACAAGAACGAAUGUGAAAUCACGCUAACUACGAACGCAAUCUCGUUAUUCGUAUGGUUGGAUGCUGGCGAAGAAAGAGUACUCUAUAGCGACAAUGGAUUCAUUAUGACCGAACCACGAAAGGUAAUUACAGCGUAUACAAAAAAAGUCACGUGCGAUCAAUUGGCAAAUUUGAUCGAGAUAUCGGUACUGGAUAGAAGAAGAAUGUCACUGUUAACCAAUCCUAUAACCGAUCUUUACCUUGCUACUCGUAAAAUAAAUCCGUUCCAGUGAAUCAAUAAUCUGACUGAGAUAGUGUGAAUGUAAAAAUCUAGAAUUACGAAGGCUGUGUACAUGAAACUUUCCAAUUUAUUUUAUAAUCAUUUUAAGGAAACAUAAAAAACACGAAAUAAUACGUAAAAAAAUGUGUUCACAAGUAUAAAAAAAAUAAUACAAAGCACAUUGAAAUAUAAAAACUAUAUCGUAAAAGAGACUCGAAAAAUGCUCGUAAUGAUAAUAAUAAAAAUGAUUAAACAUACUCGAGACGUAAUAAA